GGAAGGUCAGCUUACGGCGUCGCGCUGCAAACGUCGCGCUGAGGUCAUCCUUUACGGCAGGCGUCCGCGUCGCAAGCCAGUCGUCCUGAAGCGGCGGCCAGAGAAGAGACAAGGCCAUGCCUUUCUUGGACAUCCAGAAAAGGUUCGGCCUUAACAUAGAUCGAUGGUGGACAAUCCAGAGUGCUGAACAGCCCUACAAGAUUGCUACUCGAUGCCAUGCUUUUGAAAAAGAAUGGAUAGAAUGUACACAUGGAAUUGGUGCUAUCCGGGCAGAGAAAGAGUGCAAGAUAGAAUAUGAUGAUUUUGUAGAGUGUUUGCUUCGGCAGAAAACGAUGAAACGUGUGAGUACCAUCAGGAGGCAGCGGGAUAAGCUGAUAAAGGAAGGGAAGUACACCCCUCCACCUCACCACAUUGGCAAGGAGGAGCCUCGGCCCUGAGCGGAGCAGCUGCUGAUGUCUGGAAGCUGAUUUUCCCGUUCUCUGUUCUCCACUGGAAAGGUUGUUUACAGAAAACCUCCUUGUCAAAGUGUGUAAAAAUAAAGGAUUGCUCCAUCCUAUUUGUUCAAAA